UCGGCGGCCCGGCGGCCGGUCCCUGCCCCCCCUCCCUCUCACUGUUUGUUGUGUGUUUGAUGUGUUAAAGCAGGGGCGAGACGCCGAGCAGCGCCAUGAGCAGCACCAGCGUCGUGCCCAGCGCCGCGGGCCCGGGCCCCAGCGGCGGGCCGGGCGGCGGCGGCGGCGGCGGUGGCGGCGGCGGCACCGAGGUCAUCCAGGUGACGAACGUCUCCCCGAGCGCCAGCUCCGAGCAGAUGCGGACCCUCUUCGGCUUCCUGGGCAAGAUCGACGAGCUGCGCCUCUUCCCGCCGGAUGAUUCACCUUUGCCGGUUUCAUCCCGUGUCUGCUUUGUUAAGUUCCAUGAUCCAGACUCUGCAGUUGUGGCCCAGCACCUGACAAACACUGUUUUCGUUGACCGAGCUUUGAUAGUCGUACCGUAUGCAGAAGGAGUUAUUCCUGAUGAGACUAAGGCUCUGUCUCUGUUGGCACCAGCUAAUGCAGUGGCAGGCCUUCUGCCUGGUGGUGGACUCCUGCCGACCCCUAACCCCCUUACACAGAUUGGCGCAGUUCCGUUGGCUGCUUUGGGAGCUCCUACUCUCGAUCCUGCCCUUGCUGCGCUUGGGCUUCCGGGAGCAAACUUGAACUCUCAGUCUCUUGCUGCGGAUCAGUUGCUGAAACUUAUGAGUACUGUUGAUCCCAAGUUGAAUCACGUAGCUGCUGGUCUAGUUUCGCCGAGCCUGAAAUCAGAUACCUCUAGUAAAGAAAUAGAGGAAGCCAUGAAGAGAGUACGAGAAGCACAGUCUCUGAUUUCUGCUGCUAUAGAACCAGAUAAGAAAGAGGAAAAACGAAGGCACUCAAGAUCCAGGUCCCGCUCCCGGAGGAGAAGGACGCCCUCCUCUUCUCGGCACAGGCGGUCAAGGAGCAGGUCAAGGAGGAGAUCACAUUCUAAGUCGGGGAGCAGGCGGCGAUCCAAGAGUCCAAGGCGGAGAAGAUCACAUUCCCGAGAGAGGGGUCGAAGGUCAAGGAGCACCUCAAAAACCAGAGACAAAAAGAAAGAAGACAAAGAAAAGAAACGUUCUAAAACCCCUCCAAAAAGUUACAGCACAGCCAGACGGUCCAGAAGUGCAAGCAGGGAUCACUCUUGGCGGGGCUCGGGAGACCAUAUGUGGUGCCAGGGAUCGAACCCGGGUCGGCUGCGCACAAGUCUGCACGUUUGUGGCCCUAGAGAGAGGCGCCGCCGCCGAAGCAGGAGCGGCACGCGGUCCCCUAAGAAGCCGCGCUCUCCCAAAAGGAAGCUCUCCCGGUCCCCGUCUCCUCGGAGACAUAAAAAAGAGAAAAAGAAAGAUAAAGACAAAGAAAGAGGCCGCGAUGAAAGAGAACGGUCCACCAGCAAGAAGAAGAAGAGCAAAGAUAAGGAGAAGGAGCGGGAACGGAAGUCCGAGAGUGACAAGGAUGUGAAAGUUACACGGGAUUACGAUGAAGAGGAACAGGGCUACGACAGCGAGAAGGAGAAAAAAGAGGAGAAGAAACCAGUGGAACCAGGUUCCCCGAAGACAAAGGAAUGUUCUGUCGAGAAGGGAACUGGCGAUUCCCUCAGAGAAUCCAAAGUGAACGGGGAUGAUCAUCACGAAGAAGACAUGGACAUGAGCGACUGAGGCGGCGCCGAGCCCCAGCCAUGCUCGUGCGUCAGUGUCAUUCCUCUGUGUGGUUUCCUAACGCUGUAUUGUUCAUCUCAAACCCAGAUGUAUACAGCUGAGUCAUAAAUGGUUGCAGAACUCCUGCUACUGAUCUUACUUACAUCACAAAGCUUUUAGGAAAUGGAACGUGGGUAACCAAUUCUUGACAUGGUGAAAUGUGAUUGAGUAAAACCAAGCAGUUUUACUACCCUGGUGCUGCUUCCUCGAGACCGAGAUGAAAAGCUGCAUGCGUCUCCAGCCGGCAUGGGUUGUUUAUGUUGUAGGACCUCCUUUAUUAAGUAAGUUCCCUUAGAGUAUUUCUAGAAUUUGAUUCAUUGCCGUACUCAAGCCAUGUAGGGAAUGCACUGAUUGCAUGUUCAUUGUGGCAGGAAUAUCCUACAUGUCAUUAAGAUCUCCAUGAUGGAUCUACCUUUUGGUCUUGUUCAUUGACAUGACAAAUUAACGUUCUUUUAGUUACAUCUGAAAAUGAGCAUUGGAAAUAGAUAAUCCUUUAAGCCUUGUGGCUAAAUUUUUGUGGCUUUUUGUUUAACUUUGAAAGGUUGUAUAUGCACUAACUUUUUUUGUUUUGAUGGCUAAUUAGGCUUUAAUUAUUACAGAAACAAGAUUUCAAAUGAAGCUGUCUUUGACAGUGAGUAAAACAGCAUAUUUUGAAGUAGAGUUGUGUACUUUUUCCUAAGGCAUUCAGGAGUUUUUUCCUAAUUUAUUUCACGCCUACAUCAGUGAAAGCUAUCUGCCUAUCCCGAUUCCAUCUGUAAAAGAACGGUAUCUCUUGUCCUGAUUUUCAAUUUUUCGCUUCUUUAUUAAUUUGUUUUGAUCUAGUGUUGAAAAGAGGGUAGUGCAUUUUAAAUUGACCUUCAUAUGCUUUUAAAAUAAGACAAAUCUACUUGAUAAUGUACUUUUAUUUGAUCUCAAGUUGUAUAGAACCAAUUAAUUUUGUGUUACUGUUCCCGCAGUAGUAAUCCUAUGCACAGUGAUUCCAUGUUAAAAUGCAAAGUAGUUAGGCAACUGUUUCUUAGUUACAGGAGUUUCAGGCUUCACUUUUGUGCAGUAAAAACAAAAGUAGGCUACAGUCUGUGCCAUGUUGAUGUACAGUUUCUGAAAUUGUUUUACAAGACUUUGAUAAUAAAACCCUUAAACUUA